UUAGUAGUAUUUAAGCGAUUUAAUCUACAAUUUUUCUUCGAUAAAGGUGAAAUCCUCGCCAAUCACCAAAUCAUCAGCAUAGUCAUCAGCUACCUCACAGUGCACCAACUCACCACAACCAUCACCUCAGCUAUACCAUUGCCCACAAUUGAGUCCUUAGGCACAGCACAGGCAUUGGACUACGCACAACAACCCAACGAAGUGUUGCCCAUACAACCACUACUACUCUACCCGUUGCCACGAAAUUUACAACUGCAAGGUCGCGAAUUGGAUGAUGAUGAUGAUGAUGGCAAUAAUAUAAUUUAUGUGAAAUUAUUGAAGCGUAAAGCCUAUCGGCCAACCAAGCAACAUCUGAACGGUUUGGAUGGUGAGAACAAUGAGCCGCGUGAACUUACCAUGAAGGAUAUAUUCUAUGUGAAGGCGUUGGCCAAUGGUCAAUUUAGUCAUCAACGUCUUAAAUUAUAUCGAUUGCCCGAAUUUUAUGCGAUAAGCGUAUUCCGUAGUAAAGGUGCGAAAUUGUGAACAGCUGUUUUGGUGAAUUAAAUAAUAGAAAUUAAAAGAAUAAAUAAUAGUAUGUAGAGAAUCAUCAGUAUAUACAUAAGUAAGAUUCGUUAAAAUAGUCACUAAACAUUUUUAGUUGUUUUUGUAUUUUAUAGCUAUUUUUUUUUUGGUGAUUAAAUUUAAGUGCCACUG